GUGCAAGAGAGGGAUAUCACUCGUAAUCUUGAGAUCUGAGAAGUGAAGUUCUAGGGUUCUUAAUAAUAGUUCUUGAGGAAGAGGCCGAGUAAGAUCUAUUUGGGUGCAGCUACAACAAGACUUUGAGAUUAUGAAGAUCAAACUCAUCGAGUCAGCCUUAGUUAAUGGUGUGCUAGAUCACUUUCUGAAAGUAUACGUGAUCAUUCUUGUAGCCUAUCACUACAAAACAUUCACAUGGCCCGAAAUUUGGGAGGAUUGUCGUCGCUGUGAGAUUACUGAUAUGGAAAAUGAGAGGAUGGCUGAUCUUUCUGCACAAAUAUUCAAUCACUGUGUGUAUUCCCUUAUAGCACUAUUUGCACUCGUGAUUUCAUUUGCUCAUUAUGUUUUCAUAGGAUUUUUCACCAGGAACCUGGAAGUGGAAAAAUAUCGUCGUUACAGAAAGAUCAUACUUCAGAUCUUAACUGCCGUAUGUAAUAUUUGUGCAGUCAUUUGGUGUGUCCUAAUAAUAAUUCUGCUUGUGUGUUUGGCUAGAUUGUUCAAUGGGAAUUUGAAGAAGUGUUUAUGUAACAAAUGGGGAUAGAUAUGGUACUAGUACUAGUAAUAGUAUGAAAUGGAGUUUGAUAAUAUUUUCAUUUUAGUGAGUGAUUUGAGGAGCUUGUUAGUUCUUGAUGGUGAAAAUCAAAUUACUACAUGUAGUUCUUCAAAUUAAUUUGAUUUAAUUAGUAGUUAAUGAAGAUAUAUGGAGUUUAAUUAA